GGGGGCUUGUGCGAUCCCCACCCACCCACUUCUGGCCUGCCAAGAGCCCGGCUCUCCGACCUUCCUUCCGGCGGGCGCCCAGUUGCCGAAGAAGGCGCGAGCCGGCCCAACGGCGCGUCUCUCGGCGGGCCCGGAAGCUCGGAGGGCCGGGCUGGCGUCGCCGAGAGCGCGGGCUUGCGCAAGCCGAGAGGCCUCGCCGGGCUCAUCCGGCCUUUGCGCGCACCUCUGCGGCGCUUCUCGGCGCGGCGAUGCCCUGCGGGAGACGCUGAGCGGGACAGGCGGACUUUCCCACGGGACGGCCAUGGCGGCGGCGGCGGCGCAAGAGGCUUCCGAGAGGCAUUGCUGGGUGUGUUUUGCUACCGAAGGUGAUGACCGGUCGGCCGAGUGGGUCUGUCCUUGUCGUUGCAAAGGAUCCACCAAGUGGAUUCACCAGGCCUGUCUCCAACGAUGGCUGGAUGAGAAGCAAAAGGGCAACAGUAUUGGAAGUGUGAGUUGUCCCCAGUGUGGAACUGAGUACUGCAUCGUCUUUCCCAAAGUAGGACCCCUAGUCUAUUUCCUGCAGCAAGUGGACCGUAUUUUAUCCAAAGUGAGCCCUUUUGCUGCUGCGGGCAUUGUGGUGGGGACACUGUACUGGUCGGCAGUGACUUAUGGAGCUGUGACUGUGAUGCAGGUGGUCGGCCAUAAGAAGGGCCUGGAUGUGAUGGAGCGAGCUGAUCCCCUCUUCUUGCUCAUGGGGCUGCCCACCAUUCCAGUCAUGCUGGUGCUCGGCAAGAUGAUCCGUUGGGAAGACUACGUGCUCCGAGUGUGGCGGAAAUAUUCUAGCAAGCUCCAGGCCCUACAUUCCUGGGUUCCAGGAACCAGUCGUCCAAUCCCAUCGAUACCUCUGGCCGAGUCACGCUACCAGAGUGAUCACCUCUCCAUCUCACGCACCUUGUGUGGGGCCCUGGUGUUCCCAACCAUUGCCAACCUUGUGGGCCGGGUCACUUUUCAGAGAGUCAAUUCCAACCUCCAACGUACCAUCCUGGGUGGCAUUGCCUUCGUGGCCAUCAAGGGAGCAUUGAAAGUGUAUUUCCGCCAACAACAGUACUUGAUCCAAGCCAAUCGUCGCAUCCUCAACUUUGUAGAGAAAGAAGAUGGGCAAAAGGACUUGGCUCAGCCCGAGGAAGACAGCGGUAAUGAAGUGGGGCUCAGCUAGGAACAACAGUCUUGGCUUCUGCAGAUCCUUCCCUUCCCCCCCCCCCAGAAUAAGUGAAUUCUUCUCGAAGAGAGAUUGUAGCUCAUCCAACGUCGUUCUUGAAGCAAGUGCCUUUCGGGCAACCCAGAUGUGGCUGCUGUGUGUUGUGGAGAGAUGCCGACUUGAAGUUGGGUGAGCGAAAUCUCUGGAAUCUUCUGUAUCAGUAAACAAUGCUCCUUUCCAAGCCA